UGAACGUACCUCGACGCGUCGAGCAUCAUACCCCUUCCUUCGACCAUGCGGCAUCUUCACCAACGUCUGGAACUAUACACUCAGGGAAAUGACACGUACAUAUUUGUGCCCCCAGACACGGCUGGCGCGCAAUCGCUUACGGUGCACCGUUCUUCUGGAGAACUGCGCCUGAAUGCAUCACACUCUUUACCGCCCUCGGCUCGCCGCUCAGGGAAAACAAUAUACGGAUUAUUAGGAGUAAUAUCGUUGGCACUCUCCGACUAUGUGAUUGUAAUAACUGGACGGGAAUUCAAGGGGCGCUUGCUCGGGCACGAUGUGUACCGAGCCACUGACUUCGACCUCCUGCCCAUGUCUCCCAAUCUAAACACACACAACGCGCCUCACCCUGUCGAAGCACACCUGCUCGGUCUCAUCCGAUCACAUCUUCACGGCGGCGUAUUCCUGUUCAGUUACGAUUGGGAUUUGACGCGUCGCCUGCAAGCCCAAUGGGAAACGCGCACUAGUGACGAGAAUAAGGCUUUCUGGGAAACGGUCGAUGAUCGGUUCUUUUGGAACAAGUACCUGCAGUCGCGGCUUAUUGAACUGACUUCAGGAAAUGCCGACCAGGAUCUGAGCCCCUACAUCCUGCCGAUUAUGUAUGGAACGUUCGACAUACGCAGUGUCACCGUACGCGGUCGCCCGAUGCAACUUUGUCUCAUCAGCCGUCGAUCGCGCUUCCGAGCUGGAACUCGCUAUUUUAGGCGAGGUAUUGACCAUGAGGGACACGUUGCCAAUUUCAAUGAGACCGAACAGCUCCUGUUGGUUGAAGACGACCCCGCCUCUGGGGGUGCACCAGGCGAGAUCGGAACACAGAUGAGUUUCGUACAAAUCCGCGGGAGUGUCCCUGUAUUUUGGGCCGAGGUCAAUACGCUGCGCUACAAGCCAGAUCUGCAGGUCAUGGAUCUCCAAGAUACAGCCGACAUGAUGCGUAAGCAUCUCGAAGAGCAGGUGUCCAUUUACGGCGCACAGGCCCUCGUAAGCCUUGUGAACCGCAAGGGUCAUGAGCAACCUGUCAAGGAAGCUUACGAGCGCUAUGUCUCUGAGCUCAAUCUACCCAAUGUUCGGUAUCAAUACUUCGAUUUCCACAACGAGUGCAAGAAGAUGCGUUGGGAUCGGAUCAGUGUUCUCAUCGACGAUCUUAAGGAUGAAUUGGCGACAUACGGGUAUUUCCAUCUAGCUCCAAACCAGGGUGAACCAGUCAAGUUACAGCGUGGGACAGUGCGGACAAACUGUAUGGACAAUCUGGACCGGACAAAUGUCGUUCAGGCUUCACUAGCGAGGUGGACGCUCAACCAACAGCUGACUGUUCUGGGGAUCUUGCCAGAGGGAGACACCAUCGAUUCUUAUGAGGGUGUCAGCGAAGACUUCAGAAACAUGUGGGCUGAUCACGCCGACGCGAUUGCUAAUGCGUAUGGUGGUUCGGGUGCCCUAAAAUCUGACUUCACUCGAACGAAUAAGCGGACGAGAAAAGGAGUACUGGAAGAUGGGGUGAAAUCCCUGCUGCGGUACUUCAAGAACAACUUCUUUGACGGAGCCAAACAAGACGGUUUCGACUUGGUUGCCGGCAACUGGGUCCCUCGCAAAACCCCUGCCAGCUCAAUGUUCCUCAUAAGCGAUGCAAGGCCUUUGGUCACGCGCUCUGUUCCUCUAGUGGCUUCGUUUUCGAUUUUCAUGAUAUGCGCUGGCUUGACUCUCCCUCGCACCUCUGACUACUCUCUAUUCUACUAUCACCUUCUAUGGCUUACUCUUCUCUCGGUUUCGCUUGUGUUCAUGAUCAUUCACGGAAUCGAUUACGUGUCCUGGCCGCGUUUACUUCCGUCGACCGACUACAUCUACUACAAAGGACCUGGGUUCCGCUCGGCCCGGCACGGCAUGGGCCUCGGAGGCGCCAGCGCUGGUCCGAAGACGAGGUCAGGCACAACCAUGAGCGCCAAAUUGUCGACGAAGCGGGCAGUUCCGGUCGCGGUGGAGGAAGGGGGGCGGAAACGCGUAGAUUAGAUUACCUGUUGUUUAGUAACGCGACAACACGCGCAAACCCUUAUUUGAUAUCAAUUUUUUCUUCCCACUCCUGCUCACAGCGCUUUGCUCUCCCCACUUUCUUUUCUUUUCCUUCAUAGCAAUGGCCGGCAUUAAAAGAGCUUCGGGGUCCGAAGAAGAGAAGAACCCUCUGUCCGACGUCGAAGUGUCCGAUGAGGUUGCGCUUCAACUGACCAAGGUUCAACGCGACAUUCAACGCGCCGAACUCAGCAUGGACCGCAUCGGCUUCCAGAAAAUGACCCCUGUGUAUGAAAAGCGCCGCGCCAUCGUCAAAGCUAUUCCGAAAUUCUGGGCCGUCUCUCUCAUGAAUCACCACUCGUUCGCGUUCUACGCCCAGCACGCCUCUGAUCAACUGGCCCUGAGCUAUCUUGAGGAUCUUUGGGUCGCCAGGGAUCCCGCUGAGCCUCGUUGCUACACGAUUGAAUUUUACUUCAAAGAGAACCCGUUCUUCACGAACACCGUGCUGAAGAAGACAUACAAGUACAACGCUCCGGCCACCGAGGACGACAAGGCUGAUGAAGAUGGCAUCACUGAAGCUAUGCUCGACUUUUCGUGGGAGCGCGAUGUUGAGGCUCUGCCUACGACAAUCGACUGGAAAGAUGCUGAGCACACUCUGACGAAGCUCCAUCCUGCUACCGGCAACGACGGCGACGACGACGAUGACGACGUCGCCGACAUGGGUACUUUCUUCAACUUUUUCGAAAAAGGCCCGGACCCAUUCGAUAUUGGCAUUAUGAUUGCCAGCGACGUGUUCCCGGACGCCGUGGACCACUUCUUCGGCCAGGCGGGCGAUGAUGAGGACCUGGAAUCGGACUCGGACGACGAGGAUGACGAGGACGAGAUUGAUCUCGAGAAGCCUCGGACUAAAAAGCAGAAAGUCUAAUCGCCGCAUCGCUGAGCCCCGAUUUACACGCGAGUGGAGGGAUAUACCAAAGUAGCUAAGAUAGGUACUGGGUUGCUUGAGUGGAUUUUGACCCGUCGGACGCGUGUAUAAAAGCUGCCUCGGAAGAUUCAUCCCAUUCUCUGCGUGUUCCCAUGAAGUGGCUGCUCUCUCUUGCUCUGCCGUCGGUCGCCUGGGCUGCUGUGCGAAGGAACGGCGGGGAUUCUUCGACGACGUCCUACUCGUUCAGCUUGGUUGCAACCAACCCGACUGCUGUUCCGCUCGCAUUUCUGGGUUCUGAUGCACCGAGUCAAGCGACCCAUGCGAUCUCGACGACUUAUGCUCCUGCGUCUACGCCUUAUCCGCUCCGUGGGGCUCCGCCAUUGCCGAACGCGGCGCUGUUAGCGCCGUCGGCGUACCCAAGCCUCGAUGUGGUCGUCGGCACGGACUCGCCGGAGGUGCAGCAGUGGAUGCAGGACGUCGCGGACUCGGGCAUUGAGAUCCCAGACAUCGCGCCGACUGUGCCCGGGGGAUGCGCUGCGAAUGCGCAGGCUGCGGCGGAUCCCGCGCGGUGCUGGUGGACAUGCGGAGGCUGCACGCGCUCGACGGACGUGACGACCUGUCCCGAGAAGCUUACUUGGGGCCUCACGUACGAUGACGGCCCAUCGCCUUACACCCCGGACCUGCUUGCUUAUCUCGCGGCGAAUAACCUCAAGUCGACGUUCUUCGUCGUCGGCUCGCGGGUCAUCUCGUUCCCGGAGAUGGUCCAAGCGGAGUAUAUGACCGGCCAUCAGAUAGCUGCCCAUACUUGGAGCCAUCCGUCAUUGACGCAGCUCACCAACGAGCAGAUCGUCGGCGAACUGGGGUGGUCGAAGAAGGUUAUCAAAGACGUCCUCGGCGUUACACCCACUCACUUUCGGCCUCCGUUCGGUGCGUCGCCGCGCCUCGUGCGAGCGAUUGCAGCGGCUCUGGGCCUCGUUCCUGUGAUGUGGACGCGAAUCAGCCCGCUUGCGACAUUCGAUACAGACGACUUCGACCUGCACUCCGGGUAUUCGACCCCCGACAAAGUGCUGCAAAAUUGGGACUACAUCCGGGGCAACACGACGCUCAUCAACACAGGCUUCGUGCUGCUCGAGCACGAUCUGUUCCAGCAGGCCGUGGACAUCGCCACAGGCUACAUUUUGCCCGACGCGCUGCAGCACAAACCGCGCUUCAAAAUCGAGCCUGUGAUCAGCUGCUUGAACCAGGCCCCCGAGGAAGCCUACGUCGAACUGAUGCACUACAACGCACCCCCCACAGAUGGAGCGACUUCGCAGGGUUCCGCCGCCCAAGCGGCGAAUUCGCAUACAAACGAGGCCUUGCAGAAGUCGGUGCCGAGAGCAGUCGUCUUGGGAAUUUUGGUGGUGUUCGUCGGCGCGGUCGGGUGCUCUGUCUAGAUGUCAAUGAAUACCCAAAUCUCUAAGUGCAUA